AUGAGUUUUCUUUGUUUGUCUGCAUUUGAUCGAUGGGCAUGUACAUCGCAAUCAGCUCGAAUACGCCAAUUAAGUUCAAUUAGUGUAGCUCGUUAUAUUUUUCCUAUUCCAUUUAUUCUUUGGUCACUUGUGAAUAUUCCCUUUCUUUUGUAUUCUGAUCUUGUGCCACCAAUAUUUACUUGUUUUUUUACCAACGAUCUCUUUAUGAGAAUAGGAGUGCUUUUCUUAUCUCCCGUCCUUACUGUCCUUCUUCCUUUAAUUGUUCUAAUACUGUUUGGACUAUUGACAUAUCGUAAUAUUCGUCUUGUGAGUCAUAUUCGUCAACAACCAAAUCAAACUCGUAUGUCAACAUGGGAACAACAAAUGACAAGAAUGAUGUUAACUCAAACUCUACUAAGCAUAUUUUGCACACUUCCUCGAGCCAUUUACAUCGUAUACGCAAUUGCUACACUUGAUGAGAGUACAAAGAGAACUUUCGACGAAAUGUCUAUUGUAGCUCUUGUUGAUCAGUUAACUGUCUCCAUCACUUCUAUUAAUUUCGCUUCAUCUUUUUACAUAUUUCUUCUUGCCUCACCACGUUUUCGACAAACGAUUCAAAUGUAUUUGAAACGUGGACUCCAUCUAGGACAGAAUCAAGUAACUCCCACAAAAAACAUAGCACUCACAGCAACAACACAUACUGGACGACAAACUGCAAGAGGCACGAUUCAACCAAUUGUUCAAAGUUAA